AUGAGCCAGAUCUCUGUUGUUCUCUCAGACUCCUUGAUGGAGCGAAGACGAAAGCUGCUGGAGGCGGCGUCGAGCCGCCAAGCCUUCUCAGAACUGAUGCACGAGCAUGCCAGCGGAAAGCUCAACGUUGGCGAGAUAUUGCAAGGAAUGUCCGGGACAGAGAAGAGCACAGUAUGGCAGAAGUUAGCUAAGACGUUGCCGGAUGAUAUUGAGACUUCAGAUGAGACAACUCAGAGGUUUGUUGAGAGCCUGUCCACCUUGGGCCUCCUGGUGCUCGGGGGCAAGGAGACGGAGGCGCCAGACAGCAUGCAGAACAUAGUGAACGUGCUGCACGACAACCUGUUGAGGUUCGUGUUCAUGAGCUCGACGCAAGACGCUAUAUCCAAGUUUUGCGAGGCAUGGUACCUCAAGGAGCCAUCGAGCAGGUCCGAGGUCGUGCCGCAGACCAUCUUGUACCUGCUCAUGAGAGCAGUGAGCGAGGAUGGGAAGGUCUCAGACGUGAAGCGAGUGUACAACAUGAGGGCGGCGCUGGAGUGCCUUGAGAUAGGAGGGGAGAGCUUCAGGUCGGUGCAGGAGUCACUGAUGCGAGCGGCCAUUCAUCCCAACUUCGUGCUGAGUGAGGACGGGAGGAGGUUUCUGACCUUCCUCCUCACCCUCCACCCCCUCGUCACCACCAUCAUCCACAAGACUAUCAAGAGUCAGAUCCCUCGCUGCAGGAGCUCCAUGCUGGUGCAGUACGGGGAACUUUAUCAUGCCGCCUGGAAGCGAGCCAGUGGGCCUGUCCUGCAUGCUCUCGAGCACGAUUGCGUGCAGGACUUGGCGAAGCACUGCAUUCAUGCGAGCAGCCCGAGCUUGUCCAACGCCAUCCGCCAGGUCCUUUCAGUGUUCCACAAGAACAAGAAGUACAAGGCUGUUGAUGAGAUGCUCUCAAGGAUCUAUGAACCCAUCCUCUGGCGCUCCCUCAAGGUUGCCAACCCGAUCGUCCGCAAGCAGGCUGCGCAGCUCUUUGCCGAAGUCUUCCCGGUGCAGAACCCAGACGCUCCCAACGCAGAGUUCGAGAUGGCGCUCAAUCAGCAGAUCAACGUCCUUGACACCCUCAUCCGCGAUGAAGUGCCCCAAGUCCGCGAGGUUGGAAUUCAGUGUGUCUGCAGGAUCAUCAGCAUAUACUUUGAUCUUCUCCCCGUCCACGUUACUACAACCCUUGUACAAGUGCUGAUCAAACAGUUCUCGCAAGACGCUGCCUCCCCAGCCGUUCGCGUUGCCGUCCUCCGCGGGAUGGCCUUCAUCCUAAACAACCACAUGUCACAUCCCCUCCUGCAGGACAGACUCAAGCUCCUUGGUGACCUGAUCCACGACAAGUCCGAGAGAGUCCGAGUCGCCAUGUGCGAGCUCCUUCUUAAGGUCAGAGGCAUCAAGUCCAUUCGUUUCUUCGACAUCGUCCCCAUGGUCGAGAUCCUCGAUCGCCUUGCAGUAGAUGCUCAACGUCCUGCGAUCACUCAACGGCUCGCCAAGCUUCUUCUUCCUUCCUAUCUUCCAAUUAACAAGCCUCCGCCCGAGCAGCUGGCUCGAAUCCUUGCUCUCAUCAAGCAGAACUCUGCGGCUGCUCAAGUCUUCUUCAAGCAGGCUGGCUCGCAGGCCCCCGAGCAAACUUGCGUCAACGUCCUCGUGGCUCUCCAUCACGCGCUGCUGGUGUACGCGGGCAGCAAGAAGAAGGUCAGCAAGACCAACCCCAAGAAGAGCAAGAGAGGCGGCGAGUCGCGAUCGAAGCGCCAGCAGCAGGAAGAGGAGGAGGAGCAUCAAGAGGACGAGGAGGACGGAGACGUCGAGAGCUUCGGCAGCAUCGCAGAGGUCAGCGUCCAGUGCAUGUCCAGCAUGCUCGAGACGCUGCGGGCGAGGCUGGACUCCUCCUCCUGCUUCAACAUCCGCUCCUACCUCGUGGAGAACAUCUCCUCCUCCGGCCUCGCGUCCCUCGCCUCGUCCUUCUCCUCCUCCUCCGGCAUGGCGAGCGCCCUUUGGAAACUCGCGGCGCUCAUGCCGGAGCCCGGGGACAAGAAGCUGGUACAGGAGUGUCUUGCCCGGGCCCGCACGCUGCCCCUGGAGGAGGCGGCGCCGCUGCUGGACUGCGUGUUCCACUGGUCGGGGCAGAAGGAGUUUGUGAGGGAGGCCUGUGCUGAGCUGCGGUCGGCCGUUUCGCAGGAGGAGGGGAGGGGAGGAGGGAAGACGGGAGGGAAGAGGAGGAAGACUGGAGGAAAGUCCAGCGCGCAGGAGGAGGAGGAGGAGGAGGAGGAGGGGAGCUCGCCCCGCCCUCUCUCCCUCCUCCUGCAGCAGCUGCAGUACGUGCUUGACUCGGAUCAUCUCCGUCAGAAACUCAUGCUGGUCCCCUCCCACCUCGAGGAGAUGCUGGAGAGCCUUGAGGGAGCUUUGCAGCUGGUUGAGGCGAGGAUGGAGGAGGAGGAGGAGGAGGAGGACGGGAAGAUAUCAGCGGAGGAUCUCAAGAGCAUGGUCAACAUUUAUGCAAAACUCUGCCUCCACAGCCACUGUGCUCAGUUCCCAGGAGCAGGAGGAGCCGGCAAGUCCUCGGGUCGCCUGCUCUCUCUCCUAGGAUGGAGCAACUUGACCUGCCUGCCGGUCCUCCUUGCACCGCAGGAGGAGAAGCAGAGGAAGAGCAAGAAGAAGGCCGACGCCAAGGCCCAGGAAGGAGGAGGAGAGCGCAGGGAGCUCGCGAGGAGGAGCGUCAUGAUCUCCCUGAUGGUGGCAACGGAGAGUGCCGUCCUCGGCCGUAUCAACGAUGCGCUUGCUGCUGCUGUUGCCAACCUGUGCUCGGACGUGCUGGACAAGAGAGGAGGAGCAUGCGUCCUCAAGGAGGGGCUGCUGGGGAUGGUGUGCAAGGCGAUCUUUCAGCUGACUCGCUCUGGCCUCCAGCAGGACAAGCUCCAAGAGCUCUUCUCCUCUCUGAUCCUCCUCGUCCCCAUUGACAGACUGAGGACGGUAGGCAGGACAUCAGCGUGUUGCUUGAAGACUGACAGAGAGCAGGUGACGAUGCUGCUGCGAGAUUCCCUCGGCCUCUGCUGCAAGGCCGGCAGCUCCUCCUCCUCGCUUUCCGGGAAGAUCUUCUCUUCCUUCCUCCUCAAGCUUCAAGAGUUCGAGGAGGAGAGCGACAUUCAAGUCGUCAUCAGCAGCCUCCUGUCUGCUGUGAAGCAAGCAGGAGGGAACGCGAGCAGAGCGCUGGUUGACGAGCUGCUCCGCGUGUUCUCCUCGUCGGAUCUCACAAACAUCGAGGCUGCUCUCCAACUGCUCCAGGCUGCCAGCCGAGACAAAGUCCUGCGCGUCAAGGAUCAGACGUCUGACAAGUUGACCCGAGCGUGCAGAGAUGGCGUGGAGAUGCUGGUGAAGAGACUCGACGAGCGACCUGGAGAGUAUGAGGAGGGGAGGAAGAAGCGCGACCCGAGAGACGUGGUGGAGAUUGCCGAGGGAUGGCUGCAGGCAGAGGAAGUGGCAGGAGCUGAAGGAGCGGGAGCGGGAGCAGCGGGAAAGAAGGCAGAGGAAAGCAAUUGA